UUGUCUAGAGGCAUAGAAUUUGGAAAUUUCCCAUUUCCACUGCAUCAUUGCACUUCAUUGAGUGUUUGUGAAUGCUUUCAAUCCAUUGGCUGAUAUAAUUAAGACCAAACCCACAAAAGACAAGAGGAAACCGUAUUUUUAAUGUAGCGACUCUGAAUUGUUUGACUAAGGUACAGCUAAAGAGCAGGAUCUCAAUAUUUGGUGUUGUGGAUUUCUCCUUGGUAUUUUCUAUCUCAUGCUGAUUUGCAAGCAGAGCAGGAAAACGAUUUUGUGCAAUUGAAAAGGGGAUUUACCACUUCCUCUUUUGACAAUAUUUACUUUCUGGUGACAUGAAAGAUAAAACUCGGUCAGAUGAACUUUAAUUACUAUCAGUGGUCUAACAGAAGCUAAGAGUUCUUAGGUAGUCACAUGGAAAUAAAGGAGAACUAAAAAUCUAUUUUUUGAUUUUUGUAUCUUUCCGUGACUUCCUUGAUAUAUUUAGGACUUGAAGACACAGAUCACAUACAAUACAAAGUUUCUAAAAUACAAUAAUGGGGAAUCCAAAUACUAGCAUCUGUGUGAUCAACGUUAACAUGGUGCCGUUUGCCACGCUCUACAUCCUCAUCUUCUUGAUUGGCAUGGCUACCAGCCUGGUGGCAUUGUGGGCCUUCAUAACCAGCCAGAGUGCGAAAAAGUGCAUCAAUGUUUAUCUGAUCAAUCUUCUGACAUCUGACUUCCUCCUCAUGCUGGCCCUUCCAGUCAAGAUUGCAAAAAGUCUGGGUAAUGAGUCUCUGAGUUUAACUAUUUUUCACUGCCAAGUGAGUGCGCCACUCAUCUACAUCAACAUGUAUGCUUCCAUCAUCUUUCUAUCAUUCAUUAGUGUUCAGCGCUACCUCCAGAUCACUCGUAGCUCAAAACUGCUCCGAUUGCAAGAGGCGGGCUUUGCGAUGCUGAUGUCAGCAGUGGUUUGGUUCCUUGUGCUCUUCAUCAAUGUGCCCAACAUGGCCAUUCCUAUUAAAGGCAACCUUCCAGACAAACAUAGACUAACCUGCUCUGACCUGAAAGAGGAUUUGGGCAAGCACUGGCAUGUGCUGUCUGUAUAUUUGGGCAUUGCUAUUUUCUUCAAUGCCUCUGCUGCUGUCCUUCUGUCCAAUGGCUUGGUUUUGAAGCAGCUUUGGGGUCGACGUGAAUCAGAACCUGAGGACCAAGCGAGUGCCCAGCAUGCCUUCAUAAAUAUUGCAUUGGUGUCCUUGGCCUACAUGGUAUGCUUUGUGCCAUACCAUGCUGUGCGUAUGCCAUACACAUUUACACAGAUAGAAUUUAUCACUGAUUGCCCUUUGAAGAGGAGUCUGUUCCUGGCCAAAGAGUCUACUCUACUCCUCUCCAUCUUGCACCUAUGCUUUGAUCCAGUGCUGUACUUUGUUAUCUGUCGUGCAUUCAGACAUCAAGUCACAAAGGCCUUCUCAAACAGACACAUUGUUCCAAACUCUGACCCACAGUAAAACUUUCCAUUGGAAAAAUGAAAAAAAAAAGGAUAAUUUAGGAACAGCAAUAAAUCCAACCAAUUUGAAGCCUGGAAAUGUCUAGGGAAAAUGAGAGUGCAAAUAGACCUGUGGACAAAAAUGGUUCAAAACAUAUUUCAAAAAAGACACUCCAGAAAAUACUUUUUUCAAGUCAUCAUUUUUAUUUGUAUAGUGCUUCUCAGAGCAGCUUUACAGAAAAUCAUACUGUAGUAUCUAUAACGUAUUAAAUGUCCCCAGUGAACAGCAAGCAAAAGGCAUCAGUGGCAAAGAACAAAAAUGCCAUACGAUGUUAGCUAGUGGUGGGAAAGAAAAAAAUAAAAAGCUGGGGGAGCAGCAGUUCUCCUCUGGCAUUACAGAUAUAGAAG